GGCAUAAGGUAUCGAAUGCGCCGUGGCGUGGUUAUAAAGCCAGCUCGCGCCAGUACUCGGCAGUGCCCGUCCGCCGCCGCCGCCACCAUGUCCUCAACCAAGAUGUUUCUGUGCGACGCCUGCCUUAUUUUACUGGUCGGGAUCGCAUUUGCCUUUCCUGAAGAUAAACUUGUGGGAAGUACAACGGGCUUACCAGAGCCGUUGAAGGGCAACUGUACGUGCGGAGGGUUCGACUCGCGUGGCGGCUCAGCGCCGCUGCUGGCGCACUCGCCCGGGCUGGCGGUGGAGUGCGCUGCCGCGGGCAACGCCACCUGCGGCAACCUGUGCGUGGCGCUCGCCACCGCCACCCGGGCCAAGGGGCCCGAGGUGCUGUGCAACCGGAUCAAGGACUGUGACGAACUCAUGCUCUCCGUAUUCUACAAGAUCUGCGACGGUCCGUGGGUGUCCGCGAACAUGACGGCUGAAGAGGCGCUGUGCUGCGAGAACUCUAAACCGAAAACGUGCGCCUCCGCCGCGUCCACCCCUGCGGCUUCCAGCCCCGUCAGCCCCGUCAGUCCCGCCACCGGCGCCCCCGUGUGAAUCUACUGUCCCUCAUUUGUCUUUCCUGUUUCUGAAAGUCAUCGACACGGGAGAAUCAUUUUAGGAACGAUUAAUUUGAAGUAUAAGGUUAAAUAAAUAAACUUUUUUAAAAGACCA